GCCCGGGUGUAUGCGGCCGCCGGACGCGCCGGGGCCGGCAGCGGGGAAGCGGGGCGCCGACGAGCGGCAUGGACGCCCCACGGAGGGACAUGGAGUUGCUCAGCAACAGCCUGGCGGCCUACGCGCACAUCCGCGCUAACCCCGAGAGCUUCGGCCUCUACUUCGUGCUGGGAGUCUGCUUCGGGCUGCUGCUCACCCUGUGCCUGCUGGUCAUCAGCAUCUCCUGUGCGCCCCGCGCGCGGCCCCGCGGCCCCGCUCCGCGCCGGGACCCCCGCAGCAGCGCCCUGGAGCCCGACGACGACGACGACGACGACGACGAGGACACGGUGACGCGGCUGGGCCCCGACGACACGCUGCCCGGCCCGGAGCUCAGCGCCGAGCCCGACGGGCCCCUGAGCGUCAACGUCUUCACGUCGGCGGAGGAGCUGGAGCGGGCGCAGCGCCUGGAGGAGCGCGAACGGAUCCUGCGGGAGAUUUGGCGCACCGGGCAGCCCGACCUGCUGGGCUCCGGCACCCUGGGGCCCGGCCCCACGGCCACUGGCACCCUGGGGCGCAUGCACUAUUACUGACCCGCCCGCUCCCGCUGCGAGGAGCUCUGCGUACUGCACCCUGCGCGCCAACUCACAGCGGCCCCAGGCCACUGGGACGGCCCCGCCCCACCGCCUCCCCCCUACCCCAGGGCUCCGGGGUCUGGACCCCCACCUUCCGGGCUCCCCAGUCCUGCCAGAAAACCGGCGGGGAAGGCCCGGACGCGGGGACCCCAGCCCCCCUCCUGGGAUCGGUUAAGAGAUGAAGGGACCAAUGAAAACUGCAUUUCCAAUGA